AUGAAUGAUAAUCAACCUGCUCUAGAUGAUGAUGACGGAAAUGGCAAUCCCGCGCCGAUACCCCACAAUGACCAUGGCAAUAACUCGGAUUCUAGUCGAAUGGAAUUAGACCAGCAAGAACGACGACGAGCCCUGGAUCUGAAAGAGGCAGUGGAAGCUUGCUCCGAUCUGGAUAAUCUGUCCGAUUUUUGGUAUGCUCAGGUCGCCAUUGUCGACAAGGACUUGAGUUUGGAAGAGUCACUGGAGAGGAUCCAUGAUCUGCAAACGUUUCGACGGGAACACGAUAUUCUCGAGAACCUGGAAGAUGCCAAGAAGAGCCUCUUCUUGUUCAAUCAGACUCACCGUGGCCAUAUUAUGCAUUUCGGCUACAGCGAUCCACAUCAGAGCUAUCUGGUUACCUUUGAUUUGAUCAAGUUUGACACCCAUGCCCUAAGAUUACGGAGAGGGAUCAAAAACUUGGCAUCAGGAAGCUACUACCUGCACCAUACAUUCAGUCCAGACUUUGCAGCCAUCCGACAGGGAGUCAUUUUUGUUGUGGAGUGCGGGGGGUAUAUCUGGAAAGCUCCCGGCAUGUUGACGGCUCAUCUCCUUCACAAUGGCGGCAUCCCGGAUGCCCAUGCCAUUUAUCCAUUUUACUGGAAGAGCUUCAAAGUUUGUAAUGCGGGAGUUUUGGUCAACAUUUUAGUAUCCACGUUCCGGCGUAUUCUACCAAAUCGACUCUCUGCCAAGUUUGAGCUGGGAUGUCAGACAGACAUACGCCUGGAUCAAAUCUGCUUGGUCCCCGAUGAAGAAGAGGCAUUAAAACGUCUCGAUUAUAACAUGGCGGAGGCUCUUCAGAUGAGGUACCAAAAUGAAGCCACUUUUUGCCUGGAGUAG